AUGCAGUCGUUAUUGGCUGAGAGUGAUUCUGGAGCAGAAGAAAAUGAAGAAGUUGAGAAACCAACAGACUCCAAACCAGUAAAAAAUGAGAAAAAACUAGAGAAAAGAAAAAGGGCGACAGAAAAGGAGGCAAAGCCAAUAAAGAAGAAAAAGAUUGCAGAGAAAGCGCCCGCCGUGUCUGAACAGAAAGAACCUGACAGUGACAAGUCAAACAAACCCAAAAGGAAGAGGAAGAAGAAGAAGAAGACCAUAACUGACGUGUUGGCUUCAGCUGAGGCCAAACCCGGGUGUGCCGCCGAUCUGCAGAGUGAAGUGACAAAGUACUUCACCGACAAAUGCUCUGUCAUCGAGCUGGAGGAGCUGCAACUCAAGGACUCCUGCUUCCUGACCUGUAACGAUCUCACUCACAGCCUUUCGUCAUAUCUCAAACAAGUUUGUCCAAAAUGGGCGAAAAUACACAAACAACACACAGAGAAGAGCUCCGCAGUGAUGCUCAUCGUCUGCAGCUCAGCUCUAAGAACGAUCGAGCUCAUCAAGCAACUGACAUCAUUCAAGGGAGAAGCAAAAGUCCUCAAGCUUUUUGCCAAGCACAUUAAGAUUGAUGAACAGGUCAAACUGCUACAAAAAGGCGUCACUCACAUCGGAGUGGGAACGCCAGGAAGAUUAUCUGCUCUUAUUGAGAAAGAUGGCUUGAAUCUGCGCUCCUUGCGUUAUGUAGUUCUCGACUGGAACUGGAGGGAUCAAAAGCUUAGAAGAAUGGUGGACAUUCCUGAGAUUAACUCUAUUGAGUGCUGGGAAAUGGGUAAAGUGACCAAGUCUGGCCCUCUGGCUCGGAGGCCUGACAACUCCGCUUUCAAACAGCAGAGACUCCCCGCCUGGUCUCCAAUGCUAACGGCUAACACGGUUCUGCCUUUCUUUUACAUCACGGCUCUAGUAUGCAUGCUAUUGGGAGUGUGGCUGCUUCUGACUGUACAGAGCACUCAGGAAAUGAAGAUGGACUACACAGAGGCUGGAACCUGUGAUAAAUGCUUUGAGAAACGUAAAAAUGUGAGCUAUUCGUCAGAGCCCUGUGAAUGUACAGUGGUUUUCUCGCUUGAAAAACCUUUCAAGGGUGAUGUUUUCUUCUACUACGGCCUUAGAAACUUCCACCAGAACCUGAGGCGCUACAUGGAUUCCAGAGAUGAUGGGCAGAUGGUGGGCAGGAAGGCUAAUCUCAAGACUCCCAGCUCCUACUGUAAACCGUUUAACAGAGACUCAAAAGGACUCCCUAUCGCCCCCUGUGGCGCUGUGGCCAACAGCAUGUUCAAUGACAGUUUUGCUCUGAUGUACCAUUCGAGUGACAUGACACACAAUGUCCAUCUGAUACGACAGGGCAUCACAUGGUACACAGACAAAAAUGUCAAGUACAGGAAUCCAAAGAUGGGAAACUUGACUCUACCGGACGUUUUUAAUGGAACUGUGAAGCCUCUGUACUGGCAGAAGAAUGUGUACGAGCUCGACCCUUCAGAUCUCACAAACAACGGCUUUAUUAAUGAUGACUUAAUCGUGUGGAUGAGAGAGGCAGCUUUUCCAAACUUUAAGAAGCUGUAUGGUGUCCUGAGCCGAGAGAAUGCACCGUUUGGCGAGGGUCUGCCAGCGGGCAAUUACAGCAUUAACAUCAACUACAACUUCCCUGUGAAGUAUUUCCGAGGACGAAAGCAAGUGGUGCUGACCACUCUGACUUGGUUUGGAGGUCAGAACCAGUUCCUGCCCAUUGCUUACCUGGUGACCAGCAGCCUCAUUAUGGUCCUGGCCAUUGUCCAAACUGCCGUCUGGUGGAAGUUUGGGAAGGAUGGCAAAAACAUGGAGGAGUGA